CUCUUCUGACUGCGGGUCAGUGAGCGGCCCACUCUUAACAGAAAAUUGGAUUAGAACAACUAGCGCUUUUUAAGAAACGACUUUAAGAAGAACUCCUCCUCCUCCUUCGCCACCCUUCCCACGAGACCGUCGGUUAUUUGACCUCUCGUUUGCUCAGGUUUCUCUGUAUUAUCACUCGUGCAAACAGCCACUGCCAACAUGUCAACAUCCAAUGAAUGCAGCUACAGCUAUGAAGACUACAAAGAAACAGCAGACUGGCUGUUUGCUCAUACAGAUAUCCGACCCAAAGUGGCAAUUAUCUGUGGGUCAGGGCUGGGUGGAUUGGCUGACAUGCUGGACAACAAGACCGUGUUUCCUUAUGAUAAAAUCCCCCGAUUCCCCUACAGUACAGUGCAAGGACAUAAAGGCCAGCUGGUGUUUGGAGAGCUGAAUGGCAAGCAGUGUGUUUGCAUGCAAGGCCGUUUCCAUUUCUAUGAGGGCUAUAACAUAGCCAUGGUCACAUACCCAGUAAGAGUGUUCUUUCUUCUUGGGAUUGAGACUCUGAUUGUGACUAAUGCUUCUGGGGGACUAAAUCCCAAGUUUAAAGUGGGUGACAUCAUGUUAAUCAAAGACCAUAUCAACAUGCCGGGCUUUGCAGGUCAAAAUCCCUUGUGUGGUCGAAAUGAGGACAGAUUUGGAGUGCGCUUUCCCUGCAUGUCUGAUGCAUAUGAUAGAGACUUGGCACAACUGGCCAGGAAGAUUGCAGAACAACUGGGCUGUGCCUCCUUCCUCCAGGAGGGCAUUUACUGCAUGUUGGCUGGACCCUCUUAUGAGACGAUUGCUGAAUGUCGAGUUCUCCAGAUGCUUGGGGCGGAUGCUGUAGGCAUGAGUACCGUUCCAGAGGUGGUGGUCGCUCGACAUUGUGGGUUGCGUGUGUUUGGACUCUCCCUGAUUACCAACAAGGUAGUGACUGAUUAUGACAGCAAAGAGAGGGCUAAUCAUGAAGAGGUGCUGGAAACCACCCGUAUGCGGACUGAAGAUCUGCAAAGGCUAGUCAGUCAAUUGGUGACAAAUAUGUAAUGCAACAUUUUGCUACAAUUAGCAAGUAAAAUAAUGUUGGGGCUGCUCUUUAUAAUCUUCAGCAUGGUUUCAUAUUUUGACAUGAGCAGCUUAACAAUAUAGAAUGACAAUGCAACCUAAUUCUCAUGUAUCUAAUUCAGGGAAAGAGUAACUUUAUGGACAUUCCAGUGCCUCAAGACUCUCCCAAGUCUAACUUUAGGCUAGGUUCAUUUUGUGAAGAGCUCAUAUCCUUUCAGGAAUUAAUAUUAAGAACAACUGAAAUUAAUCAGCGUUACAGUCAGUACUCUUUGUCUGUAUUGAAGAGUUAAAGACAGACAUGCUGUUCAUCAAAAAGGGCAAAAAAUUUAUAAAGUUGUAUGAAAGUGAAUAUAUUAUUUACUGAAUUUGCAUAAAAUACUAAAUUAGGUGGAUAAUUACAAUUUGACAACAAAUGAUCAAUUAAUAUAUUGGUGGAUGUAAUUAAAUGUUUUAUCUUUUUAUUUUUAUAGACUAAAUAUUUGUCUAAAUGUUUCCAAAGAUAUAAACAGAGUAUUUUUUUAUUAUUUUUUCUGCAAUUACAAGUGAAAAUAUCUUUGUUCAGUUUAAAGAUACUUUACAGAUUUUUUUUAAUUUUGGAAUUGGAUAUAUUUUAGUAUUAAUAUUAUAUUGAGGCAUACAGAACAACAAAUAAAUUACAACAUAAAUGUUGUUUGGUGGUGAAUACAUUUUUGAAAACAUUUGUGUUCCUUUCCUUUCUCCAUUUUGAGAUCUUUUGCAUUUUCUUGUUUGUUGUUGUUGUUGUUAUGAGAACCACACUGCAUUGAAUAUAACAAUGUAUCAUGUGUUAAUAGAGGGCCAUUGUGAUGAUAAGUUUUAGUCACAGUCAAUGGUCCAUGGUUAUGUUUUCUGCAGUCCAUACAUUGUGUGUAGGUCAGUAAGUAAAAGAGAGAGGUAAAAGGUUGUGCACACACACACACACUGGAAUACACACAUCAUUUUAAUCACUACAUUAUUGAUAUAUCUUAAUGAUCCACCACUGAAGUAGAGAUUAAAUGAAAUAUUUAGCCAUAUCAAGCUUGCGGCAAAUCUCUCACCAAGCAAAAACGUAAUGUAAGGGGAAACAUGUUUUGCAAUCUGCAGAAUGUCAUACUGUAUACCUCGCAAGCUAUGGUAUAGAACAUGUCACUGCUAAAGAGUAGCAAGCUUUGAAGUCAUUUAUGAUCACCCCAUGGCUCGGUCCUAAAACGUUGUCUAUAUUUCAGAUUGCAAUAAUAAGUGGACAUUUGUGUGUUUGAGAGAGAACAUAUAUUUGUUUGUGAAACACACACAUACGUUUUUUGGUAGAAAAGUUAUUUUAGAGGAAGGAGGGCGAUCUUUCCUUCUCCGAUGAUGACAGAACUUUUAGAUCAAUCUGUUAUUUAGAUGCUACAACACAGACUUCCACAAAAUAUUUAUGCAUACCCAGUUGUGCUGAGUCUGCCCAGAGUAGCACUUUUCAGAAACAUCACAUUCCCUGUGUGCCAUUAGUGAGUGGGUUACUGUUAUUCAGUUAGUGACAGGCCAUUCCCUGAAAUAUUCAAGGGUUUGAGCACAGGGUGUCUGCAGCGGUUACUACUUCCAUGUGAUGGUUUUCUAGAGGAACAGCUUUCAAGUCAGAAAAAUAUAAUGGUGGUAUACUGAACAUUGUGUAUUAUGUAAAUAAAUAAUAAUUCCCAAAACUCUCACUCUCAUGUGAU